AUGGCCGCCGCACCGCAUGACAUGCACGGCCUCGACUCGUUCGCGCAGCUGCCCUUCAUCCCCGGCGCUGCGCGUGCCGCGGCACCGAAGACGCCGGCGCCGGCGAGCAGGGACGCCGCCAGCAUCCGCCUCUUCGGCCGGGACUUCCCCAACGACCAGCAGGCGCACCAGCUGCUGCUGCUCAAGGAGGACGCCGCGGCCGGGGAGGGCGGCGGCGAGACGGCAGCGUCCGGCGGGGAGAGGAAGUUCGAGUGCCACUACUGCUGCCGCAACUUCCCGACGUCGCAGGCGCUGGGCGGGCACCAGAACGCGCACAAGCGGGAGCGGCAGCACGCGCGGAGGGCGCACCUCGAGGCCUCCUUCGCCGCGCACUGCGGCGCCUACCUACCCGGCGCGCACCUCUACGGCCUCUUCGGCUACGGCGGCGGCGGCGGCCACACGGCGCUGCCACCGGCGCACUACCCGCCUGCCGUGUGGACAGGCGCCGUGCCGGGGAUGUACGGCGGCGUGGGGCCCGUGGCGCGGCCUCCUCCCGUGUACCGCGGCGUGGCCGUGCCGGGGAUGUGGAGGCCGUCGCCACCUGGGAGUGGUGGCGCUUUUGUCGUGGCUGGCCGACCCAUGGGGACCGAUCCGGCGGGCUAUGGAGAGAUGAUGGCUGGCAAAGACGACGACAAGGUGGCGAUGAGCGUGGUGACGUCACUGCCCCCGUUGCCGUCGUCGUGCUUGUCCGGCCAGUCGGCGGAGAUGAUAGGGAGACCGGAGUUGGGACACAAGGAUGGUGUCAUAAGCUUGGACCUCUGCUUGUAA